AUGGCCCACAUCUACGAUAUCCCCGUUGACUACCCAUACACCCACGGACAGAAGACAGGCGACCAAGUCAGAUACCCCCGCACGCCUGCUUUCCAGACCUUCAAUCUACCAUCACGACUCGAAGGCGACAUCUUUGACCUCGAAGUAGACGGCACAAUCCCGCCCGAGAUCAACGGAACCUUCUUCAGAAUCCAACCCGAUCAUCGGUUUCCCCCUAUAUUCGAAGAAGAUAUACACUUCAGCGGUGACGGCAAUGUAACCGCAAUUCGAAUCCAAAAUGGCCAUGCAGACUUCAAACAGCGAUAUGCGAAGACUGAUAGGUUCAAGGCCGAAACCGCAGCUCGCAAGAGCCUAUUUGGCAAAUAUCGGAAUCCUUACACGGAUUCUGACUCGGUGAAGGGUGUGAUUCGCACUGUGGCUAAUACAAACAUAACCUUCUGGCGUGGAAUGCUACUUGCAACUAAAGAAGACGGGCCCCCAUAUGCGAUGGAUCCUGUUACGUUGGAGACGAUCGGCCGAUAUGACUUUGAAGGCCAGGUUCUAUCACCGACCUUCACUGCACAUCCGAAGUUUGACCCUGAGACGGGUGAGAUGAUAUGUUUUGGUUAUGAAGCUGGUGGGGAUGGGAAUGAUGGAUCGUGUGAUAUUGUCGUUUACACGAUUAAUGUGGAUGGGAAGAAGACCGAGGAAGUGUGGUAUAAGUCGCCAUUUUGUGGGAUGAUUCAUGACUGCGGGAUUUCGGAGAAUUAUGUCGUUCUUCCGCUGACGCCGUUGAAGUGCUCGGUGGAUCGUUUGAAGAAAGGCGGUAAUCACUGGGCAUGGGAUCCUACAGAGAGUCAAUGGUAUGGUGUGGUUCCGAGGAGAGGAGGGAAACCAGAGGAUAUAAGAUGGUUCCGGGCAGAGAAUGCUUUCCAUGGUCACGUCGCAGGCUGCUACGAGAAUGAACAAGGUCGUAUUGUUUUCGAUCUCACAGUGGCUGACGGCAAUGUAUUUUUCUUCUUCCCACCUGAAAACCAGGCGUCCAGCAAUCUGGGGGCCAGAAACCGGCUCGAAAGCGUCACGCAUCGCUGGGUCUUUCACCCAAAACAAGAAUCGGGAUCAUGGGUCAAGCCCGAGGUUCUCUGGAAUACCAGUGGUGAGUUCUCCCGUAUCGAUGAUCGAUAUGUCACGAAGAAAUACAACCAUUUCUGGCAAGCGAAGAUUGACCCCACACGGGAGUACGAUGCAGCACAAUGUGGCUCCCCUGCAGGAGGGCUGUUCAACUGUCUAGGCCAUUACCAAUGGGAUGACCGUUCCGAGGACGUGCUCUGGGCCGGUCCACGGGGUACGUUCCAGGAGCCUACUUUCAUUCCGCGGAAAGGGGGCAAAGAGGGGGAAGGGUGGAUCAUAGCGCUAGUGAAUCGGCUGGAUGUGCUUCGAAAUGAUGUGGUGAUCGUCGAUGCGGGGCAUCUGGCAGGUGGGCCCUUAGCGACGAUCCACCUUCCUUUCAAACUGCGGUUGGGAUUACAUGGGAAUUUCGUUGAUCAUGGAGACAUUGAGGAGUGGGAGCAGAAGCGGGCUCUGGGGGGAGAUGUUGGACCCGUUCGGGCUGCGCAAAGACCUCUAAAUUGGCAGCUGAGCUACUUGCAAGAUCGAAGACACUAG